UUCAAACACAUCCCAUCAUCUUCCCACCAAAAAAGAAAAAAGAAAAAGAGAAUUAAUUAAAAAAAAGAAAAGAAAAGAAAACUUCAGAUGGGAGUCAUGGGAUUUUGCAGCAGCAGUGCAAUGUUCCUCUCCUCUCCUGCUGCCACCAGAGCCACAGCUACAAAUGGCCCACUUCGUGUACAAUCAACGGUCACCCAAAAGCCCACAUCAGCUACAAGAAAUGGCCCACUUCUUGUAAAAUCAAUGGCCACCCAAAAACCAACAUCAGCCACUAAAACUGUGAGCAACAGGAAGACUUCGAUGGUUUUCCCGGUUGGUGAGCCGGGUCCACUAGAAAAAAGCCCAGGUGGCCCGCCUAUAAAACUUCUCACAAGAGUAGAGCAAUUGAGGCUUCUAACCAAGGCAGAGAAAGCAGGCCUACUAUCAGCAGCAGAGAGUUUCGGUCUCUCUCUAUCAGCAGUAGAGAAGCUGGGCCUCCUCUCGAAAGCAGAAGAGCUUGGAGUCCUAUCAGCCGCAACGGACCCCGGCACGCCAGGCGUCCUCUUGGCACUGAGCCUUGCAUUGCUGGCUGUUGGCCCCCUGUGCGUGUACGUCGUGCCUGAGGAGUAUCCAUGGGAGGUGGUUCUGCAAGUUGUGGUCGCUUUGGUUUCUGUCGUCAGCGGUUCGGCAGCAUUCGCUGCUUCGAAUUUUGUAUCCAACUUGCAGAAAUCUACCUGAAUUCCUUUGUAUGUGUGGAAUGUUAAAAUCCGAAUUCGAGACAUUGGUAUAUAAUAAUACUAUUGGUGUUGCUGGUCU